AUGCGGGCCUUCACCAAGGCAGCAGCUUUGCUGCUUGUUCAAUCUGUCGCCGCCGAGUCGAUGCCGGCUCCUGUCCGCCGGGUCUCUGCAACUGAAACAAUUCCCACCGCGUAUAUCACCUUGAACGUGCCUGUGGAAGGCGCGGAACCACAGGUUCUCCCCCUCCGUCUCGAUCUUGUCGAAGCCGAUGAGCCCUGCUCUCCGGCCCAGGUCAGCGUCAAUGGCCGUCGUCUGACACAGGAUGCCGACGGCUUCGGCCAAGGAGACCUGACACUCGACGACGGCAUCACCAUCACCUCCAACUGGACCUUUGCCUGCCAGUCGCUCAAGCAGGCUCUCACCAUCAAUGUGCUCUCGAUCAACGGCAGCCCUGCUUUCGACCCUUCCCCCUUUACUGCCACCUUUUACCAGACUACCCCCGUUCAGAUCGCCAGUGUCGAAAACGUCGCCAGUGUCCGCUACCUGCAUCUGCACACAACCGUUACCGAGUCCCUGGCCGACAGCGGCGAGGAGCAUUCCGGUGUGGUGGAAGGCUACGAGGGUGAGUCUGUCAUCCUGGACAUUGGCCGCAGCGGUAGCGUCGAGGAGCAGUUGUCGCGCCUGAAGGAGCUGCGCAAUCAGGCCCGCGACUUGGCGGCCCUCAUCCGUGACCAGGAGGCCACCAUCAUGGACAGGCUGGAGCGGAAGCUGCAGGCACAGCUCGCUCACGAGCCCGCACCCACACCCCUUUCCGAGUGCCGAGACGUGCGCUGCGUGUUCAAGGCCCUUGAGUACCGGUUCCGACACAGCCACGAUGAGGUGUGCGAGAGUGCGAGCGGCUGGCGCGCUGUAUUCGGCUGCGCCCCCAAGGAACAGCCCUGGGAGGACGAGGAAGACUUCGACAUGGUGUACCUGGAGGACAUGGAAUGGGUUGACGACGUCGAGGCUGGCUGGGAGGACGAGGAGACCUUCUAUGCCGAAUUCGAAGAGAGCAUGUUGAUGGCACAAUACGAAGCGACUCGUAGCCGGAUGCUACUGCUGGUCGCCGAAAGCGCCGUCAUCUUUGGCAGCGCCGUCUUCCUCCUCACUGCUUUCCUCCGACGCCUCACCAGGGGCCGCCGCAUCGGCUUCCGCCGAAGCGCGCACAGCGAGCUUCCCUUGUACCAAGAGUCUUGCUACUUUGACGAGCCCAAGACGCUGGUUGCCUUUGGUUUCGUCGACGACGAUGUGAACGGCAAGCCACCAGCGUGGACCGGGUACAGGGACGAGGAAAAGGCCCUUCUCCUCGCGGCGGACGAGGCGGCAGCAAACAAAACCACGGUGGCGGACGAGAUUGCAGAGCUACGCGAGGCGGCCUCGGUCGUGAGCGACUUGGUGGCUGUGGACGCGGCCGAGCGCCGCAGGAGCAGCGUCGACUACGACGACGAGGCGCCACCGGCGUAUGAGCGCGGUGCCGAGAGAGAGCAUUCGCUGUAA